GAUGAAUAAAAAGGAGAGUGGCGGGGCCGCCCGGGGAGUAAAUCAUUGAGUGCCGGGCCACCACAGUGAUAUAUCAUAUAUUCCCAUUUUCUCUGUAUGAAACCAAAUAAUACUCUACUCAACAUUACAUUUCUCAAUCCAAUUCUUAAUCUACAAUAGAAUACAAUAGAACCCCCCCCCAAAUUUUUUUCCUAGUGUAAUUUCUUGUAUUUGGACGUCCCAUCAUCUAUUUGAUUUUGGUUUUCCUUCGUCUUUUUGGUUCUUUUUCUUCCUUCAAAAUCUUCUAUCUUGACUCUGACGAUCACAAAUAAAGGAAAACAGAAGCAAAUCUUUUCCGUGAAAAGAUUCACAGGGCCGGGGACGGGGAAGAGAGCCAGCAGUUCUUGGGAUGAACCCUAAACACCUUCCACCGUAGUACUAUUACUGUUUGCCUGAUCAGACACAAGCCAUGGCUACAAAGAGAUUGUAAUCUGUUAGUGAAAGAUAUAGGUAGCUUAGAAUUUAGAUAGUUUAGGCAGAGCCCUCCCUUCGGCCUUGUCUCUACUCUCCGGCACUUGAAAUCUAGACAAAAACAAAGUCCAAGUUAAAAAAAAAAUAAAUCCCACAGAGAUAACCAAAACACCAACCCUUGUUUUCAUUUUUUUUUUUUUGUUAAUGGAUUCUGCUUCUGUAGGGGGUGCUGCAACCGAUCCGAAUAGCAUCAACGAGGGUCCAUCAUCUGCUGUAGUUACAGCUCUAGCAACGCCGCCCACGGUUUCACAACAAGGUGGAGCUGGUGAGUCGUCUUCUUCCCCAGCUCCACCGAGUCGCUACGAGUCACAAAAGCGUCGAGACUGGAACACUUUCUUGCAGUACUUGAAGAACCAUAAGCCCCCAUUAACACUAGCUCGUUGCAGUGGUGCCCACGUCAUUGAGUUCUUGAAAUACCUUGACCAGUUUGGCAAAACGAAGGUUCACAUAACGGGUUGUCCUUAUUUCGGACAUCCAAAUCCACCUGCUCCUUGCUCUUGCCCACUCAAGCAAGCAUGGGGUAGCCUCGACGCGCUGAUCGGACGGCUUAGAGCUGCUUAUGAAGAAAACGGUGGACGUCCAGAAUCAAACCCUUUUGCCGCGAGGGCUGUGAGGAUUUAUUUGAGGGAAGUGAGAGAAGGGCAGGCUAAAGCUAGAGGGAUUCCUUACGAGAAGAAGAAGCGAAAAAGGUCUACAGUCAACACUACUGCUGUUGGGGUCAACUUCUCGGUGGCAGCCACUCAAUCUAUUGAUGGUGGUGGGGGUAGCGGCGGUGGCGGAGAUGAUAUUGCCGGUGGAACUGCUGCUAAUGUUGCUACUGCCACCACCGCUACUGCUACUGCUACCACAACUAACGGCUAAGAUUGGAUUGUAGCAAAGGCAAACUUCAAAGAGCGGGGACAGGAGAGUGAAAGCAAGAAGAGGAGGGUUGUUGGGAAGGUAACACUCACAACACAAACACUUGUAGGCUUUUGCUACAAAAAUAUUUCUACUUCAGCUGGGCUCCCCCAGCCCCAGCUCAAGGGCCAAUUUCAGUGCUGUUGUAAAUGUAACAUACAAACCACACGUGCUCCUCACUGAAAUAUUUACAUCUUUGCACUUUCAGUUUCAGUGUCAGGUGCUGGAGCCUUUAUAUCUUGAUCUAAGAUUUUGGGUGGGCAUUGAGUUUUGUUUUCUGUUUCUCUUGAUUUACCCGUUUUUCUCUCGGGUCCUCUCAAGCUCGAUUUCUCA